AUGGAUAAGUAUGAAAUAGUGAAGAAAAUUGGGAAAGGUGGAUUUGGAACAGCAAUCCUUGUCAAAACCAAAGAGGAUGGACACCAAUAUGUCAUCAAGGAGAUUUUCACAUCUGUAAUGUUUACUGAAGACAUGCAGAAAGCUCAAAAAGAAGUUGAAGUCUUUUCCAAAAUGAAUCAUCCUAACAUUGUCAAGUAUAAGGAAUCUUUUGAAGAGAGGGGCCGUCUGUGUAUAGUGAUGGACUACUGUGAAGGUGGAGACCUCUCCAAGAAGAUCAAAUCUCAGAAAGGAGAACUUUUCUCAGAAGAGCAAAUCCUGGACUGGUUUGUGCAGAUUUGUCUGGCACUAAAACACAUCCAUGAUAGAAACAUCCUCCACAGAGACAUUAAACCACAGAACAUAUUUUUAAAAGAUGGGACUAUACAGCUUGGGGACUUUGGAAUUGCAAGAGUGCUGAACAGCACUGGAGAAGUGGUAACAACACAGAUAGGAACAUCACUUUACCUUUCACCAGAAAUCUGUGAGCACAAACCAUAUAACAGCAAAAGUGAUAUUUGGGCUCUAGGUUGUGUCCUGCAUGAACUGUGCACUCUUAAGCUUGCAGUAAGUAUUCUCAGGAUGGACCUAGAACUGAAACUCAUCCGUGGCUCAUACCCUCCUGUGUCUGAUCACUACUCCCAAGAACUGUGUUCCCUCUUGGCUCAUCUGUUGAAACGUGACCCAACACAGAGACCCUCAGUCAGCAGAAUACUGGACAAACCUUUCCUCUGCUGCAGGAUACAGAGGCUCCUCACAUCACAGGUGGAUAGAAGGGGUCAGUCAGAGACUCUUAUAUCUGAGGAGAAAUUACAGAAGAAGCAGCAUGAAGAUAAGAGGCAAGAACAUAAAGGUGUUGGCGGUCUGUGUGGGAAACAUGACAGCGAGACAAAAGCUCAAAGAGCAGAAGAAGCAGAGACCAACUUCUCUUGA